AGCCUGCGCAUCCGCGCAGUCUGAUCAGGAUCCAUGCUGUUCGCUAUCAGUUUCUCUACUUGAAAUAGAGUUGGUAAGCGAACAGCAUGGAUCCUGAUCAGACUGCGCGGAUGCGCAGGCUGGUCUGGAUCCAUGCUGGUCGCAAACGCACUAUGUUGGUUUUGUCGUGACACGGCUUAUGUGUACAGUGCAUAAAAGUGAUAUAAAAGAAAAGGGUCAAAAGUUUAAACACCAUUAUCAUAGGCACUUCCUCUGAAGAAACUAUUGACUAAUUUAAAUGUAGAGUUUGGUGAUUUUAAAAUUCCAAUAUUCUUUUUUCAAGUAAUUCAUAUUUUCGUAACUUAUUAGAUUCAACAAAUGUUUAUGAAGAAUGAGAAAAAAAUGAUUAAAUCAAUCUGUUUUGUUUGGUUUUACAAUGCACCAACAAAAUCUAGGUCAUAUUGCGCCAGAACAGGAAAGAUGAUUUUGGCUAGCCUCAAUUUUUAAAAUUUUUUAAAACAUCAGGGUCCAAUAUUUAUUGACAGCCCAAUAUUUGUAUUUUAUUAAAUGAAAUAUCCUUAAAAAUUCAAAUCAAAUAGACAGUUUCAAAUUAAAAGCAGGGCAUAUGAUAUUCAUUGCACAAAUUUUAUAAAUCACUCAAUUACAGAGAUAAAAAUCAGGACCCUUGCUAACAUUAUCCAGGUAAAAUACACUUAAUCAUUUGAAUUUAAGCUAUUGAUAUCAACAACCGGAAACCUUUUGUAAAUGGUAGCCUACCCAUAACAUGUCAGUAUCAUUAAGUACAGAAAAAUUUGGUAAUGUUGCCAUAGAGGGUUAAUAUCAUAAUAGUGCAAUUUCCCAUGAUUACUUUUUAUUCAUCACCUUCAUUAUAAUCAUUAUCAUCAUCAUCAUGGUCUUAUCAUCAUCAUCAUCAUCAUCUCAUCAUCAUCUCUUCAUCAUCAUCAUCCUUCUUAUUCUUCUAAUUUUCAUUAUUAACAUUAUCAUCAUCAUUAUAAUCAUCAUCAUCAUCAUCAACAUCAUCAUUGAAGUCUUAAAAGUCUUCUCAUCACCAUUAUUAUCAUCAUCAGCAAUUGAGCAUCUGAUAUUAUUAUCAUCAUUCAAGAUGAUCAACAUCACCAUCAGCAAUGUCUAAAGCCACAGAAUUAAAAUUGCAAACAUAUGAGAAAACAUGUUUCCUUGAGGAAACCAAUUAACAUAUUUGUAAAAGAGAAGUGGGGGAACAAAUUCAAAAAUAAGCAUAAAACACUUUCAAGAAACAUUACAACCUUUGCAUAGAAUAAAUAACAUGUUCAUUACAGAACAUACACAGAAAAUAUUUUCAACCUUUGCAUUAAGAGCUUGUCGGAAAAAUUUACAAAAUUUUGUAUAAAAACCUAGUUGAAAUAAUUUUUUAUUAUCACUGGUAUGAACCAUUUUACCUGCUAUGUAACGUACAUAUAGCUUUUUAUUACAUGCUUUUCGGUGGUUAAUAGAAAUAUAUCAGUGAAAUACCUGCGUGCACAUUACUGGAAACCAACUUAAUGACGUGACAUCGUAAAUGAUGUCACAUUCUAUUUUUAUUUGGCGCGCUUUUCAUCUAGUAUUAGGUUAAAACGUCUUUUUAAACGUUUCUUGCAUAUAAUAAAAAGAAAAUUUGUUUAGUUUAGUGUAAGAUCCAAAAUAUAUUUCACUUCGUGAACACCAAAAGUUUAUAUUUCACUUAUGGCUGCGCCAUUGUGAAAUAUACCUUUUGGGGCUCACAUGGUGAAAUAUAUUCCAAUCUUACACUGAACUAAACAAAUAUCCUCUAUCUAAUCAGCUACAUGGUUGCUGACAAAUUCAAUGACAAUUUUAGGAAGUUAUACAUGCAUAAAAAGCCCAUCCCAAAUUUUUACAAAAGAUAAACAAGAUAAAAUUGUCCCUUAUAAGUGACAAUCACAUUUUUUUUCAGCUGAAAGGAUGAAUAACUGUCAUCAUUGCUUAAACACACCUCUUUUUAUCAUUCAAGAGUCACUUCAUUAUAACGGGACAAUAACAGGAUAUGCCUUGACAAACACAUGCAUAUCAAAUAACUCAACAAUUCAUUAAAGAUUUUAAUCUGUUCUGGUAUGUUACCAGGGUAUUUAUCAAUAUUUGAAAUUUUCAAAUUUUACUUCCUUGUCUGGACUAUUGAACAAAAUUAUGGUCAUUUUCAAAUGAAUAAAACAUUUUUUCAAACUAAUAUGAAUUCAUAUGAGAUAUGAGUAUAAAAUUGUCAAACUUCGUCAAACAAGCUUAUUUUAUAGGAUGUUUCUGCAUGCUUUAAUUUUUAAUACAUUUAUUUUAAAUCUAAAUCUGUUGCUCACAAAUUCAUUUAGUACAGUCUCUUUGAGUCCCCUUGUGAGCCCCUGCUGCAGGGCAGAAUGAAGCAUAAUGGGCAGGGAAUGCUGAGAAUUAACCUUCUGUCCUACCCUGCCCUGCCAGACUUUGUUGUUGUUGUUGUUUUUGGUGCCAAAAUAGAAGGGGAAAAUUACAGAUUGAAAGUGUAAGGCAUUAAGCAAGGUUUUUUAUUAACCAUCUGACUGCCUGCAUGGUUUGAUCUUUACCAGGGUUUUAAAAAUCCAAAAACUCAAAGUCCUUGCUUUUUCCUUGAGUGCCAGCCCAGGCUUUUAAUAUUUUUUUUUGUAUAAAAACACUAGCAUAAAAACAGUAAUACAUAACCAAACAAAGCCCUCAUUUCAAGUCCAUUGACAAUAUUAUCAACUGCUAUGGCAAAAUUUUCUGAAUAGUUAAGAAAAUUACCUUUAGAUUCAAUGUCAAAGGACCUUGGCCUGAUACUUCAAAUUAUGAUAAAAUGAGAUUUUUCCGUGUAAAGGUUAGUUAAGGACCACGGUCAUACUUCAAUAUGAUAAAUCAGGUUUUUCCUAAAAUGAUCUGUCCAGGAUUUAAACUCUUAUUAAUUAUAGAAUGAAGAUUGUUUAAUAAUAUAGUAACUUAAAGAGUUGUUAACAAGCAGACAGACUGAAUAAAAACUAUAUUUCCACUAAUCUACACUAAUCUACAAUUGCAAGGGUGUUGUCUCAGGCACGAUUGAAAUAAACUGUAGUGCUGGUGCAUUAUGUCUAGCGUGUUCAUAAUUGUAGUUUACAGAAAACACCCGUAAAAAAAUUUAAACGCAUAAAUAUCUGUAUUUUGUUCAUAAAAAGUACCUUGCAUAUCAUAUUACCAUGGUAACACAGCAAAAUGAGGACAACCUGUAAAGUUGUUAUCAGAUCAAAUGUUCGGAGGUAAUUUUUUACUUCAGUUGUGUAACGGUUGAAUUGGCGGGAAGGUAUCUAUACACAUGAGUUCUAUUUUGUUAAAUGACAUGUGAAAAAUCAGUUGAACUAUUUGCAAAAUAUAUAGAGAAAUGAAGGAUUUCUAUUUAUAGGAAUUCUAACUAAAAUUAAUUUUGUUCAUAUCUGGAUGGUUUACAAAACAGCAUUUACUAAAUGAUAUAAAGACUUAGAUAUAAAUUGUAAUUAAACUUAAAAGAUGGAUAAAAAUAGUGAUAUAGUUAAAACUGGAACAGCUUUAUGUGAAACGUGCCAACGAAGUGGACGGCAAAAUCUUGCUGAAACGUUCUGCGUUCAGUGUCAGGAGUACAUGUGCAGACAAUGUUCCGAUCAUCACUUCCUGUUGCCCGUGACAAAGCAACACCGAUUGAUUCGGAACACGGAAAUGCCAUUACACAAAGUGAGCACAUCCCUAGCAGAAUUCUGUUCCGUGCAUUCUGGUGAGAUAUGUCAUUUUUAUUGCAAGACGCACAACGCUUUAAUUUGUUACAUGUGUAAUACAAGCAUACAUAAAGACUGUCGCAACAAACACCAGCUAUCUGAAUUGUCACAUGACAUAGUUAUAUCUGAGAAAUUCCUGAAAACUAGAGCUGAGGUAAAAGAAAUGCUACAGUUAUUCAGCACACUUAAAACACAGCUUGUUAGCAGUUUACAUGCCGCACGUGCUAAACAUGACUACUCCGCUCAAGUACAGCAGACAACCAGUUUGGAUAAUAGCGAACAGAUUCAAAACCUUAUAAACACACAUGAAGAGUAUAGAAAUAAAGAGGCAGACGAGAUAUGCCAUCUCCUUUAUCAAUGCGACACAGAAAUUCAUAGGGCCGACACCCUCAAUACCGAUCUCGACACUUUACGGCGCACCCAGCAACAUGUACAAUUACAUAUUUCUCUUCAAAAUGCCUUACAAGUACUUCCACAUAUGACGGCAAUUUAUAAAGAAAUUGUUAGAAAAAACAAACAAAAUACUCAUGCAAUACUAAUCAUUGAGGAACCAGUGCCAAUACCAAAAGACAAAUGGAGGGGUACUAUUAAAGAAAAGUAUCCUAGGCCGACAAAUGAAUUUGAGAGAUAUAAAUUGUGGUUGAGCUUUUGUUGCUUAUCAUAUCUUCCUAUGUUAUUUACGUUUAAGGUCAUCAUUACAUUAAUUUUGAUCCUGUGUUGGUAUAUAUUUAGAGAAACAUAGCGACCCAACUUCUUUUUCAGCAUGUGAAGAUAUCAAUGUAUGUGCUUUAAUCCGAGUUUUACAUAGUUAAAAGUUCUUAGCAUGAAAAAAAAAAAAUGUUUCAUUAAAACAUUAUGUAACGUGUACCGAGCGGAUGUACAACGAAUAUAUAAUAAAUUUUUCUUUGGGCUACCUGCCGUUUGAUUAGAUACAAAUGAUUAUGAAACUAUCAUAUAUCAUAAAGAAUCAGCUUGAAUCAUUAUACUCCGAAAUGCACUUUUAAAUUCUAAAUAUGUCACAAUACAGUAAAUAUGUUUACAAUAUAACACUAUGAAAUAAUUCAAAAGCUAUAGAUAUCACGCUGCAACCCGAUAAUUGCUUAUAGUCCAGCAACUACCUCCCUAUCUAUGAAGCGAGGCUUCUAUUUAGAUAGAAAGAUAAGCUGCUGGCAGGGAUUACAACAAAGUUCCAACUAUUUUAUCUAUACAAACUUAUUUAUUAUUAGUAUAUCUCUGGAUUUUUAAUACCUAUAUGUUACCAAUUCCCUGAUAGCGAGGCUUUCAGAAAAUAUGGAAAUCUAUAAGUACCCAGAGUCAAAUCAAUUCAUAAACUUUAAUCUAUCAACACUCUAUCCAUGAAGCUAGGCUUCAAUUAGAUUAACAAGGAUAUUUAGUUCUACCUAUGAAGCUAGGCUUCACUUCGGUAGAGGAAAUUAUCCUCUAUGUAUGAAGCGAGGCUUCAGUUACAUAGAAUAACCUGGUCCCGGUGAAUUCCUCUGCAGACUGAUUAAUUUUGCUCUAAUCGCCUUAUUUAUACCUGAUGAGAUGAUCGCUCAAGCAUGACUUAUUUUCAUUGGCUGAUCAAAGUAAUCCUGAUCACUGAGACGUUAAUUUCAUUAUAUGAUAUCAAACGUUCAUUGAAAAUACGUAUACCAGACGUAUAUUGUAAAGUACCGUAAACUUAAAUAUAUUGUCUCAAUAUAAACAAUUAACAUAAUUGUAAAAGUAAACACUAAAAUCAUUUCAGCAAACGAUAAUCUUUAUUCAAAACUAGCUAAUUAUAAAAAAAUGCCAAAACGUUACAAUUAUACAUUGAACAAUAUACUGAAUAAAAACUGAAAGUCAUAAUAAAACUAGCAGAAUUUUACAUCAUGUAUCAUGAUUUGAGAUUAUUUUUAAGCUACAGAGAGAGAGAGAGAAAAAACUGGCAUGCCUCAGUAGGAAAACAAAACACGGGUCUCUGGACUGCUUGUCCAGUAUGCUAACCACUCCACCACAGCUGCUAUUGCAUUUUAUUCGUGCUAGUUUUAAGUUAUUUUUAGCUUGUACAUUCUGAUGUCAUCACUUUUAUUACCAGAGUGGCAAGUUAUUUAUAGCUACUUUUACAACUGACUGACUACAUUUAAGUAAUACAUGUUUUCUUAUUAUAAAUAUUCUCAUCGGUCUGGAACUGGAUUCCAAUUUAAUGCAAGCAGCUCGAUAACCACAAGACAAGUUGAGUAAAUUGCAAGAACAACUUUCAGCAGUGGAAAAACGCCGCAAAGUUACCUUUAAAGAGUUACAAUCACUCUUAGGGCUGUUAAAUUUCUGCUGCCAAGUUGUUUCACCUGGUCAUGCAUUUUUACGCCGCCUCAUUGAUCUUACCAAAACGGUUUCAAAAUCCCACCAUAGGAUCUUGUUGAAUAGUGAAAGUCGCAAAGACCUACAGGCAUGGUUAUUAUUUGUUAAACAUUUUAAUGGCAAAAAUUUGCUUCUGCACAAACGUUGUAUACAGCACACUCUUUCUUGGAGGUGCGACCCAUGCUCAUAAAAUUUGGCCGAUGGAAAGCCACAGCAUACCUUAAAUAUAUCCGUCCCUCGGCUCUUCCUAUUUACACAAGUCAUUAAUUCUUAUUAAAAUUCCUUUUGUUCGCUUUUCACAAUUUCAUAGCCUGUCUAGUAUAGACAUAUUUGGAAAUUCCUCCAUGUUUCAUGAUCUGUCCGUACAAGGCAGCAGAUCAAAUAAAUUCAUUGGGUAUAACACGUCUUAGUCUCAGAAAAACUGAACGCCAUUACAGUAAUUUUAUAACAACUGACAGUGUAAGGCUGCAGUUAUAGUCUGAAGUUAUAGUCUGAAUUAUUUUUCUGACGGUUCCAGGCCGCAGUUUGUUCAUGUGUUGCUAAUUGCAAUCAUAAAAUUGUUGCUAUUUCUUAAUCUUGUCAUAGUAAAGUAUUUGACUUUAUGCUUAAUGCCUGAUGGUAUAAGGCCGCAGGUUAUGCAUUGUUGAGGUAUAAAAAUGUAUUUUACCUGGCACAUCAAUUAGGAUCUCAAAUUGAUAUUUGUUUUAGAUUAUAUGUACAUAUUGUAACACCAUUGUUAUUGCUAUGCUUCUUAUCGUCUACAUAUAUAUGAUUUGAUAUGUUUUCCUAAGAAUUUGCUAUGGGCUAUUGCAACAUUUAAUGAUGAUGGCAGUUUUUAUACAUCGUGUUUAUAUUGACUGUAUCUCGUGAUUUGAUUAUUUUAAGCCGCUGCUUCAUAAUACCCUUUAAAUGCAUAUGUUGUAUAUUAUCUGUGUUAGGAUAAACUACUGACAGUAUAAGGCUGCAGUUAGAACACAUUGCCAGAAGGUGAUAACAUUUCAUUGCUUUUUAUAGCAACAUUUUACCACAUUUAAUUGUUUAUGCUAUAUAUAUGCUGUUGAUUUUGCCACAUAUUUGUAAACUGCGAUUUACAUGACAGAUUUUGCAAUAUUUCAUAUCAUUUGGUGUAUAUAUUAUCAUUUCAACAUUAUUUUGUUACUUUAUAGAAUCUUCUUACUUUAAGGUUGCUUGUGUUACUGUUAUAUACAUACUGUUGAUCUUACCACUUCUUUGUAAACUGACAGUACAAGGCUGCACUUUACGUGACAGAUUUACAAUUUUCAUAUAAUUUGGUGUACAUAUUCUUAUUUCAACAUUAUUUUGAUAAUUUUAUAGGAUCUUACAACAUCAAAGUGGCUCUCUUACAGUCUAGUCUCUUUGGUAACCUCCCAGGUUUACCAUUCAGAAAUUUUUUAUAACAUGUUUUAUAUGUAAUAGUUUUAAUUAAUGUCAGUUAUGGCAUUUUCAAUACAUGUCCUUUUUCAUUCAA